GACAAUCAAUUUGGAUAAAAUAAAAAUAUAAAAAGUCGAAUUUUUAUAUUUAAAAAAAAAUAUAUUAAAUUUUGCAAUAAAAUGCGUUCCAUUGCUGCGAUUUUUCUCUUGACUAGUCUUGUCAUCAUAGAAGGCAAACAACAUCAUCCCCAUCACCCAAUAAAAGCAACAGGAUCACUAACAACGCCAACAAAACCAUUAUCAACAUCUGAUUCGGAUUGCCCUCAAAAUGAAGUUUUGAACACGUGCGCCUCAUAUUGUGAACCUGAAGCAACUUGUCAAAAUCCUUAUCCGCAGCAAAAAGAAACUUGUAUUCAAGUUUGUUUAGAACGAUGUGAAUGUGAGAGGGGAUUAAUAAGAGACAAUUCGACUGGAACAUGUAUCAAUAGGGACGAAUGCGGCUUUAGUGAUAGGGACAGAAAUGCUUAUUGGUCAGCAAAAACACCAACAGGAAUUAUGGGAACCUCAGCAAUAAUAUCACCAGAAUUACCUGUGUGUGGUGAAAACGAAUAUCAUAAUUCAUGUGCAUCGAGUUGCGUACCUGAGCCUACAUGUCAAAACCCCAAUCCGACAUCUUCAGAAAUGUGUAUUCUAAUAUGUGUACAAAGAUGCGAUUGUGAUAUUAAUAAUGGAUUUAUAAGAGACGAAUUCUCAGGAUUGUGUGUCCCAAUCGAAAAUUGUCCAAGUCGUACUGUUCCAAAUUCGCAAUGUCCUCAAGAUGAAGUUUUGAAUACGUGUGCUUCGUAUUGUGUACCCGAAGCGACUUGUCAAAAUCCGUAUCCGCAACAAUAUCAAGUUGUUUGUCCAAAAAUUUGCGUGGAACGGUGCGAAUGUGGCAGCGGAUUAAUAAGAGAAGAUGUAACUGGUAAAUGUAUCAAGAAAGAUCAGUGCUCUGUUUGUAACAGUGAAUCCCAAGUACCAGGAUGCCUGUCAUGUUGUAAUAACGAUGACAUUCCAACAUGUAGAAACCCAAACCCAUUGUUAGCUUGUAAGUGUUUAAUUUGUACUCCUGGAUGCGUUUGUCAAGAUGGAUUUGUCCUCAAUGAAUAUACCGGAGAAUGCGUUCGUCCUUGCGAUUGUUCUGUACUUUGAAAAAUACUAAAUUUUGUUGAUUCUUAAUAAUCUUGCAAUAAAUUCAAAUAACAUUCUGUUGAAUAAAAAGCAACUCCCCCAAUGGAUUCAUUUAUUUGCGGGAACAAUGCACACAUUGGUCUAAUAUCUACCUACAAACUUUGGCAGAAAUAUUGAAUUAAAUAUAAAGGAAGAAUUGAUCCCUAAUAUUGGGAAAUAUAGGUAAUUACACCCAUUUUUAACAAGGAUAAGAAUAUUGAAGGUGAGGAAAAACUUUGUCAAGCAUGUUCUUGAAGUUGUAUGAAAAAACUUCGGGAAACGAAAAAAUGAGGAAAGAAUUCACAGUAAUAAACUGAAAGUGGCGCUUUCACUCUCGAUUUUUACUUUUAGCAUUUUAAUAAUUGAAUAAAUAUGAAAUCAAAAAAAGUUGAGACAAUAAUAUCGAAAUCAGUUACAAUUUUUAAAUAAUGCAUGUUUUACAAUAUUAACAAUUGACCAAGACUUACUACCACAAACAAAGUCAACUCCACGACAUAGAUCCGUAAGUACAGAAAGACAUAAGGGUUAAGUGGAGUGGAAUUUCAUCCAAAUGACUGAUAACUAAUAUCACUACUACUGAUCCUAAAAAUAGAAAAAUGAGCAUAACCUAGAGAUAAGAUUAACUAUUUUUGAUAUUUUAGUUAUAAAUAAAAGCAUUAAACUCCUAUACUCAGAGGCAUAAUUGGAGAGUCAUUUUUAACAAAUGAGACUCAAAAAUUUUAGUUAAAUGUAAUAGUACUAGUAAAAUGUUUAGCAAAAAAUUUUUUAUUUAUGUUUUCUCGCUGUAAAAAUCCAAUAGGGCAGUUGAACUCAAGCGAUCAGCGGCCUAUUUCAAACCCUUCGACCCUAUACUUUUGUAGUAGCCAUAGAGACUGAUUCCAAUGUAAUCGACAGCCAAUUACCUGUAUUUACAACCAGGCAUCACUUUCACUCUGUUGAAUAUUUGAAUAAUUACAAAAUUGCAAACAAUUCCAAGUGGAGCAAACUUUAAACCUAAAUUAUUACAAUAAACAAUUAACAGUCUGAACGUGGAAUAUGUAGUCAUUUGCUUAUCAAGUAAAAUCAUGGAAGAGAAAUCAUAUAUUUGGUUUGGUUAUUAACGAAGUCUGUCUAGUUCAAGAUACUUUCAAAAUAUGGACCUCAAAGAUAUCUAUUAUUUUCUUAAUAACACUUUUGGUAUAUCAAAAAAUGAAUCCUUUACAGAACGUUGUCAUAACAUUGGUAGACUCUGUAUAUUGUUAUGAAGUCGUAAUUUCAGCAGCCAUAAGAAAAAUAUAUUAAUUUGAAUUUACAAAGACCACUAUCAUUCGAUUUCAUCUCGCCACAUCUUUUCCUCGCCCGUUUGAUUUUGCUCGGCAAUUUUUUUCUUAUUGUAAGAAUCGUUGUACUUACCACCGCCCCUUCCCUAUAUCAGCCGAAGCCAUUCCUCCUACGAAUUACGUCACUGAUAAUUGAAACUAAUGUAAAACUAAACAUAUCUUUUAUUAAUAACUCAUGUAUCUUUUUUCUUUUUAAUUACAGUUUUAUGUUUAAUUCUCUAAUGGAAUUGCAAAACGUCUAUAGAAAUAAAUCCUCUCUCUAUAUAAUAAUAAACCAAAAUUGUGAGGAAACCGAAUUCGGUCUAGGUAAUAUCUAGAGGUUCUUAUUUAAACUUGAAAUUAUGUAUUUAAAUGGUGCUAUGCAACAUUCUGUCUAGUUGAAGAUACUUUCUAAAUAUGGACCUGUUUUCCUAAUUCAAGAUUUUUGGAAUCUAUCAACAGUCUAUUGAAGUCCUGUUCCAGUUCAUCCAAAUCCGAGAAUUAGGACCCACAUCGCCUAGUUUCUUCGAGGAUUAGCUGUUCAUUGUAGUACAAGAGGCAUGAUCAAAGUAUUUAUUUUAUUACCGGGAAUUCUCGGAUUCCAAGAAAAUAUUGUACUCUACGGAAUGUCCAAGAUAACCUACCAAUUAAACUCCGCAGCGCAAAACUAAUUCAAUAUUAUCAUUCGAUUUUGUACUAUUAUAAUCUUUAAACAUCGAAUUUCAAAAUUUAUGGCUAAAACUUUAAAAACAAUCGAUUUAAUUAAAACCAAUAAACUCCCGAAUAAUUUUGUAGAAAAUCAGAUACACAAUUAAUUAAGCGAGUUAUCAUCUUAUCAUCUGAGAACAAAACGUGGAUUAGUCAAUGGGCUUGGUUCAAUUUUUAAAGCUAUUAGCAUAAAUUUAGAUGCUAACAAUAGCGAACGUUACGAGACACUUAUUAAAGAACUCCAAUAAAAUUAAAACCCAAAAUACUCAAGCUAUUUCUUUAAUUGACGAUUUUAAUUCAACUAUUCGACAAAUAAACAAACAAACAAAAUCAAUAUCAUAAGUUCAUUUACUCGAAAUCCGUAUAAUAAUAGUAAUAUUUCUAUCAAAGACGUACUUAAUAAGUAUGUUACUAAAUAUGUACGAAAUUUGUGUUACAAAAUGUAAAAAAUUCUUUUGCAAAUCCAGGAAUUAUCCACCCAAGUAUUAUAAAAACGAAACAUAUAUUAAGACUCCUAGAAAUAUUAUAUGAAAAAUUUGAAGGAAAUCAAAAGCCUGUCAAAUUAAAUUUAAAUUCCAUUCCUAUUUUUGAAAAACUCAUUAAAGUAUGUAGCUACAUUUUAAACGACAAAAUCACAUACAUAUUACAUGUGCCUGUUAGGUACAUACAAAAUUUUAAUUUGUUUCAUCUUUAUCCAAUACCCAUUUUGCAAGAAAACCAAACAAAAACUAUAAUUCCUCAAAAUAAAUUUGUUUAAAAAAAUAAAUUGUACUUUGCAUAUGCAAAAAAAAUACGCAAAAAUAUAUUUGUGGUGUAACCAAUCUGGAAAAAACCAAUGAUAAAAACCCAUGCGAAAUUCAAUUAUUGGAUUUAAAAGCUACUUGUAACUGUCAUCAAGUGCCAAUAUUCGCCAACCAACUAAUAUUUAUGAGUAUAGAAUCAACUAACCAAUGUAUUGCCUAUUUGCCAAGGAAAACUAAUCUUCGCCUAAAAUACUAUCGGAAAGAAGAAGUUAUCAACUGAAUCGGCACGCAUUUACUUAAUAUACCUACAUCCUGCGAAAUUAACACAGACAAAUUACAGAUAACGAUAGAAAUGGGAAGUCAGCCGAUUCUAUUUCCUCAAAUAGUAUUUAAUAUCAACCAAUCUGAACCGAUUUGAGACUUCAACAUCAGUUUACAUCAGUUUGUACUUUGACGAACUCUCAGAUCCAGAAUAAUAAGAGCCAACCAAAUUUGGAGACAGCUACCGUUGAUAACAUUUUCGUGACAAGAACAAUAGUUUAAGUUUAUGUGCUUUUAAUAAUACUUGUUGUGUAUAUUAGUUCUAGGACAAUUAAAUUCAAAAAUGAUACCAAAAAUAGUAUUGAAGAAGUUGAAAGGUGGCCCUCAGAAGCCGGAUCUUCAAGGGGAGGAACUAUGUCAUCUCCACCCCGUAAGACCAUAUAAGAAAAGAUGAUGUUAUUGUAUAUAUUUUGCUGUCAUGAAAAUUAAUAUAAUAUACGAGUGAAAUAGCAAUUUUCUGCAAUAAGCUUAGUCGAAGCUAUAAACGUAAUACUGUUGUACCGAACAAACAUUGUCAAGAUAGUUAAUUUGUAGUUUGAGUCAGUAAAUAUAAUUUUUACAAAGGACUACUCCUUU